AUGGCAAGACCCCGACUGAUAUUGCUUAUCCGUCACGGAGAGAGUGAAGGAAACUGUGACAAAUCUGUCAAUAGGCACACUCCUAAUCACAAGGUCCCGUUAACUCAGAAAGGAAGGGAGCAAGCAUUUAAUGCUGGAAUUGAGUUGAGCAGGCUUUUAGAAAAGCAAGAUAGAGUUUUGUUUUAUACAUCACCUUAUUUAAGAGCCCGCCAAACGUUAGAUGGCAUUCUAGAGGGACUUGGUGACUACAACGAUCAUAAUUAUGCGGUUUACGAGGAACCAAGGAUGAGGGAGCAGGACUUCGGUAAUUUCCAAGGAGGACCUGAAAAAAUGCAAAGGAUUUGGAAAGAGAGAGCUCAUUAUGGUCACUUUUUCUAUCGAAUUCCAAAUGGAGAAAGUGCCGCAGAUGUCUAUGAUCGUUGCGCUGGAUUCAACGAGACACUCUUCCGUCAGUUCCAAAACCAUAAGUUUGCCGAUGUGUUGGUCCUUGUAACGCAUGGAAUUUGGGCCAGGGUAUUUUUGAUGAAAUGGUUCAGAUGGUCUGUGGAGGAGUUUGAAGGCUUACGAAAUAUACCACAUUGCCAGUUUAUACAGAUGGUUAAGGGUGAAAAUCAACGUUACACCUUGACGACCCCAUUAUUACGAUGGCGUGAAGGAGAUGAAGACCGGGUAGAAGAAAUAAGAAAAGCGGUACAGUUUAGGUCCGGAGAUCUAGGGAAGGAGGCCUUAGCUUAUAUUGUAGCUGCUGAGAGAGAGGCAGCUGCUGGAAGAUCUGAAGGCCCUAUCACGUAUGAUGAUGGUGAUGACCAUUAG